CUGCGACAACUGGGCGGGCAUGUUGCUGUCAGGGAUACACGAUCUGGGCGGCAGAGCCGGUUCGGUGCUCCGUGCAGCGGCUAACUGGACGUGCGAGGCCGGCAGAGCAAGCCGGGAAGCAGCAAGGUGGAAACGAAGCGGGACCCGCAGCUUCAACAGCGCCGCGGCAGCUAUGGCCCCGAUCAAGGUGGGAGAUGCCAUCCCCUCCGUGGAGGUAUUUGAAGGGGAGCCUGGGAAGAAGGUGAACCUGGCAGAGCUGUUCAAGGGCAAGAAAGGUGUGCUGUUCGGAGUUCCUGGGGCCUUCACUCCUGGCUGUUCUAAGACCCACCUGCCUGGGUUUGUGGAGCAAGCUGAGGCUCUGAAGGCCAAGGGAGUGCAGGUGCUGGCAUGUCUGACUGUUAAUGACGUCUUUGUGACAGAAGAGUGGGGUCGAGCCCACCAGGCGAAAGGCAAGGUUCGGCUCCUGGCUGACCCAACUGGGGCCUUUGGGAAGGAGACAGAUUUAUUACUGGGUGAUUCUUUGGUGUCUCUCUUUGGGAACCGCCGGCUGAAGAGGUUCUCCAUGGUGGUAGACAAUGGUGUAGUGAAGGCGCUGAAUGUGGAGCCGGAUGGCACAGGCCUCACCUGCAGCCUGGCCUCCAGCAUCCUCUCGCAGCUCUGAGAACUGGCCAGAUGGAGGUCCUCUGUUGCUGCAUCUUCCCUGCCCAGCUUUGGGCCAAGAGGUCCAGCCCCUCCUCACCUGGGGCCCCUUAAAUGGAACCUUGACCAUAUUUCUGCAAUAAACAGUCUGACUUUC